GGCCGAAGAAAACCCAAGUUCAGAAAAAACAAAGGAGGUCAGGGAAACCAAGCUAAAAUGAUGAAAAACGAAAUAAAUGAAAAAGAACAGAAAGGAAAUAGUAAACGAAGACCUGGGGAAACAGGCGACAAGAAAACCUCUCGAAGAAAUGGGAAGAAACGUGUCGGAACGAAAAUACAAAUUCCUGAUAAGAAAAGGACUGGAAAACAAGGUUCCAUAAAAUGUACGAAGGAGUAUGGAAGAUGUAGGUCUAAAUGUCGCGGUGAUAUUGAUAAAGAAAGAGCGUGUCCCAACGGCAAAGUGUGCUGUAGAAAGCGAAGAACUCGGAACCAAGCUAUAGUUAAGGCAAAAAACAAUGCCUGCACAGGAGCAGGAGGAGUUUGCAAGAAACCUAACAAAAAGUGCAAACAGCCUCUUUCCUUUGAGUGUCCGAACAAAGAUAGAAUCUGCUGCAAGAAAACCAACAAGUGCACAUCGAAUGGCUUCAAAUGUGUACAAAAAUGUAGAGGAACGACCAAGCAAUUCAAUGGUUGUAAGCAAGGAAAAGUCUGCUGCAAGCAAGCAAAAGAAAUGACCUGCAAACAAAUAGGCGGAAACUGUAAAGAAGAAGCAAAAUGCAAAACGGAAAUCCUAAAUCCCGACAAGAAAUGCAAAGAUGCAAAGGUUUGUUGCAAACAAGGAAAUAAUUGCCAAGCCCUAGGAGCUACAUGUCGAAAGGAAGCUAAAUGCAACGGGAAAAUUUUGACUCCCUCUGUACCAUGCAAGAAUGGUAGAGUCUGUUGUGAAAAGGGAAAUAAAUGCAAAGAUCUAAAAGGUACAUGUCGAGAGGAAGCCAAAUGUGACGGGAAAAUAUUGACUCCCUCUAUACCAUGUAAGGAUGGUAAAGCCUGUUGUGAAAAGGGAAAUAGAUGCAAAGAUCUAAAAGGUACAUGUCGAGAGGAAGCCAAAUGCGACGGGAAAAUAUUGACUCCCUCUAUACCAUGUAAGGAUGGUAAAGCCUGUUGUGAAAAGGGAAAUAAAUGCAAAGAUCUAAAAGGUACAUGUAGAGAAGAAGCCAAAUGCGACGGGAAAAUAUUGACUCCCUCUAUACCAUGUAAGGAUGGUAAAGCCUGUUGUGAAAAGGGAGAUAAAUGCAAAGAUCUAAAAGGUACAUGUCGAGAGGAAGCCAAAUGCGACGGGAAAAUAUUGACUCCCUCUAUACCAUGUAAGGAUGGUAAAGCCUGUUGUGAAAAGGGAGAUAAAUGCAAAGAUCUAAAAGGUACAUGUCGAGAGGAAGCCAAAUGCGACGGGAAAAUAUUGACUCCCUCUAUACCAUGUAAGGAUGGUAAAGCCUGUUGUGAAAAGGGAGAUAAAUGCAAAGAUCUCAAAGGUACAUGUCGAGAGGAAGCCAAAUGCAGCGGGAAAAUAUUGACUCCCUCUAUACCAUGUAAGGAUGGUAAAGCCUGUUGUGAAAAGGAAACAACUUGUAAAUCGUUGAACGGACUGUGUAAACAGGAAGCUGAAUGUGAAAGCAAAGUGUUAAGUCCCAGCAAGGAGUGCAAUGCUGGUAAGGUAUGCUGCUUAGUCCGUACCUGUAGCGACAGAGGAGGGAAGUGUAAGAAAGAAGGAAAUUGCAACGGCAGAAUCGUCACGGUGAAGAAGCCAUGUAAAGAAUCCAAAGUCUGUUGUCUAGGUAAGUAAA